AAUAAAAGCAUCAAAUCAAUGGCUGCGCCCCCACGCGAAACGUAGGAAAGCCUCAGUGGAGUCCUCCACUUGUUAACCCACGAACCUGGGAGGAGACAGUGAGAGAGGGGAGAGAGAUGGAGGGGAGAGCGAGGGGUUCUCUGCCGUUUGUGGGCAUGAUCAUAGUGAUUCUGGCUCAAGCGAGCAACAUGGUGGUGACGAAGAUGGCCAUGUCCGAUGGGAUCAACAAGUACACCAUGGUCUUUUACUGCAACGCCCUCUCCUCCUUCGUCCUCCUUCCUUUUCCCCUCAUCAUGUCUCGCAGGUCAGGGUCGUGUCCUCCCCUCACUUUCUCCGUGCUUCGCAAGAUCUUCUUGCUCGCUCUGGUUGGAUUCGGAGCACAGAUUAGCGAGUAUGUGGGCAUCGAUUACAGCUCCCCUGUUCUGGCCACGGCCAUGAUGAACCUCAUCCCAGCUUUCACUUUCAUUCUCGCCGUUAUUUUAAGGAUGGAGAAAGUGAAUUGGAAAAGCUCAAGCAGCCAAGCUAAGCUUGUGGGAACCAUUGCAUCAAUUGCUGGUGCAUCAGUAGUCACUCUUUACAACGGUCCACCGAUCCUCCACUCACCUUCACCUCCUUCUUAUGUCCAACCUCAUCACCUUCUUCUUCUUCUCUCGCGACAAUCGAAUUGGAUUCUUGGUGGGUUUCUCCUUGCGGCCGAGGCUUUCUUGGUAUCAUUAUGGUACAUUAUACUGGCAUUUAUCCUCAAAGAUUACCCCGUGGUGCUGAACAUAAUGUUCUAUAAAUGGCUCUUUGAGAUGAUUCUUGCCGGGCUAUUGUCCUUCAUUAUAGUGAGAGAACCACAGUCAUGGAUUUUAAAAGUCGACAUUGGUUUGAUUGCUAUUUUAUACUCGGCUCUGGUUUCUAGUGUCUUUAGACUCACCUUAUGCACAUGGUGCUUGAAGAGAACUGGACCUGUUUAUGUCUCCAUGUUCAAGCCUCUGGGAAUUGUAUUUGCUGUCGGAUUGGGGUUCAUAUUUCUUGGCGAAAUGUUACACCUUGGAAGCUUGAUUGGAGCGAUAGUGAUUGUGAUGGGAUUCUACGGGGUCGUGUGGGGGAAGUCUAAAGAGGAAGAGAAGACAAUGGAAGGCGGUGGGGUGGGUGGGAGCUUGGCAUCCUCCAGCCAUAAGAUGCCUUUGCUCCAGGACAAUGCUUCAAGUGUGUAGAUAUUCUUGGCAAAAAGACAAAAAGGUUUGUACAUAAUCACAGGCGAUGUUCCCUUUUGUCUUUUGCCGAAAUGAAUUCUAGUUGACUA